GUUACCAGAAAAAGUGGUGUCCGCACCAAUUUAAGAGAAGACCAGACACUGACAGAAGCAUGCUAGACAAGAGAUAAUAUAAGCUGUAGGCCUUCUGCCUUUGCUACACAAAUCUGAAACUUAUCUGAGUGAAGCCUCAACUAUUCUGUGCCCAUUUGAAACCAAAUGACCUUGGUGGGAUGAUUUGAGUUUUUGUUCUGUAACGCUUUAAUUAAUAUUUCUGUGCUAACUAAAACCCCAUAGCAACACACUUUCAAACUGCCUUAGUGGCAUAAUUGCUGACAAGAAGGAGGCUUAUUAGUACAUAACCGUUGCAGGACACAUUUCUAAGAUUAUGUCUUCUCUUUUGGACUCUGAAGCUUCUGAGGCCUCUGAACUUUCCGACUUGGAUGACGACGAUAUAGUGAAGAAGAAACUGGACAAGCGACCUGCCCUCGAUGAUCCAGAUUCCAGUGAUAGCGACGAAGAAGAAGAAGAUUUAGCUAAUGAGGAAGAAAUCUGUCGGAAAGAAGGCGAAGGCUGGAUUGUGGAUGAGGAAGAAGACGACGGUGGUGCAUCCGAAGGCUCUGAUGGAGAUGAUGCUGAGGAAAUUGGGGACGAAGGAGACAAGGAUGAUGACGACGACGCUUUGGAUGAUGAUGAUUUUCAACUCAUCCAAGAAAAUGUUGGUAUCAAUUUGAAGAAACAGAAAAAACGAAGAUUGGUGCUUGACGAUGACGAUGAAGCAGAUGAAGAUGAAGUUGUAUCCAAGAAAGCAACCUAUGAAGAGGAUAGAGGAAGAGAAGCUAUUGCACGUCAAAUCUUUGAAGACGAGGAUGAAGAAUUUGAUGAAGACAGAGUUGUUCGUAGCAGGCCAACUGAUUUUGGUGUGUCAGUUGGUGAUGAAGAAGAGGAGGAAGAUGAGGACGACAUGGGGGACUUUAUCGUGGAUGAUAGGACGGGUGCUCCACCUACAAGACCUUCCAAGCGUAUAGUACAUAAAGAUGCAGCACUCCAACAAGCUCAAAAUAUUUUCGGUGUUGAUUUUGACUUAUCGGAGUUCGAAGCAUUCCGAAAAUCGCGGGUUGGAGGCGAUGACUACAGUGACGAGUCAGAAUAUGAAUAUUCAGACGAAGAGGAAGGCUCUAAAGCUAGACGAUCAAAACACCGCCGGGCACCUUCGAAUCUGGUCAUGGAUGAUCGUGUUUACGAACUUUUUGAUCCUAGUGAUCUUGAAAGAGCCUACUACAGCCAGGCAGAUGAACGCAUUCGAAAAACUGAUGUUCCAGAACGCUUUCAACUUCGUCAGGUUCCCGUUAAGUACAUUGAUUCCUGUUCAGCAACAUAUACUCAAGAUCUGCAGGAACUUUCUGAUGAAGCCGAGUGGAUCUAUCGUCAUGCUUUCAAAGAAGAUGCUGAAUAUAAGCCUCCUGGAGUUAUACCUAAAAUUCUCGAGUCCCUAAAACUUAUGAGGGAGUUUUUGUUUGAGGUCCCUUUUAUUGCAUUUUACCGGAAAGAAUGCAUAGAAAAGGACCUGAAUAUCAAAGACCUUUGGAGAAUAUAUCAAAUGGACGAAAAAUGGACCAUUUUGCAUCAACGCAAAAGAAAUAUGAUUAAUCUUCUUCAACGCUUGUCAGAUUAUUUUGAGGCUCUCACCACAGAAGAUGCGGUCAGUUCACUAAAGAAACAUUGUUCUUCGGUACUGAAAUUAAUUGCAUGUGCUCGUAGCGCAGAUUCUUUAGAGGAGCUGUUCGACGUCCGGUUGAAUUAUCUGCUUCACUUUUCUGGAUAUGUCGAACCAAUGAACCGUUGGUAUGCGCGUCAGAAAAAGGGAGGCGAGGGGGAACAAUCUGAAGAAAAAGAAUACGAUGAAACAAAUGUUGAAAAAGCUAUCCCGAUUACAACAACUAUCGACCCAAUAACUGGACGAUCUAUUCGUCAGAGGCAGGCUCGUGCAACUGCUUCAUAUGAGGUGGCCAAACGAGCUGGUAUAGGUGAUCUUGUACAAAGAUUUGGUCUUUCGGCGUCUCAGUUUGCUGAAAAUGUUCAGGACCAGUAUCUUCGCCAUGAUGUUGACCAAUGCCCUAUGUUACCUAUUGAUGCAGCUGGUGACUUUCUGUCCCCACAGUUUCCUAAUUCUGAGUUAGCACUGUCUGCAGCUCGUUAUAUGCUUGCAUUUGAAAUUUCUCGUGAGCCACUUGUUAGAAAAAUGAUGCGCCAAAUGUUUAAUCUACAAGCUGUAAUCAGUAUGCGUCCUACUGAGAGAGGGGCUAAACAUAUAGACGAGUCUCAUCCACUUUUUCAAAUUAAAUAUCUUUCUAACAAACCAGUUGCUGAUUUGAUGGGUAAUGCACUUUUCCUUCACAUACAUAAUGCUGAACGUGACAAACUAGUGCAAUAUGAAAUUCAUGUGCCAACCGAACAAAUUCGAGGUUUAUCGUUAGUAGAUGAGCUUCAACGUUUCUUUUAUCAAGACGAAUUUAGUUCAUUGGUUCAAGCAUGGAAUGAACAACGUAAUCUAGUUCUUAAACAGGCUGCUGAAGAAUUUAUUUUCCCUGGACUUGUACGUGAAUUACGACAGAAGUUACUCAAUGAAAGUCAACAAGCUGUACUGAGAAUGUGUGCCAAAAAGUUGUUUAAUUACCUUCGGAUAGGUCCCUAUCCUCCUGAUGGACAUCGUUCAUAUGAAAUGGAUACAGAAGAAACUGCUUCUUCUUUUGUCAAUAAUCGUCACAAAUCAGAUUUUCAUACUAGCGGAGACAUUGAUUCCCGUUCUAGUGGAGCUGUUUGGCCAAAGGGAGCUCGUGUUUUGGCUCUUGCACUAAAAAACGAGGAUGAUAGUCGGAAGUCAAUGGUGACUGCUGUUCAACUAGACUGUAAUGGUGAGGUUGUUGAUUUUCUUCAUUUCCAUGGUCUUUUGGUAUCUCGUCGUGCUCCAGAAGAAAUGAAAAAAGUUAAGGACGAAGAUAUGCAGCGCCUUUCAACAUUUAUGGUAAAACACAAACCUCAAGUUUGCGUCAUCGGGUGCGAUUGCAGAAAGGCCUUGUUUUUGCAAGAAGACAUUCAACAUCUUGUAAACGAAUUGGCGAAUGAGAGACGUCUACCCCGUAUUCAUGUUGAAUUGAUGGAAACAGAACUCUCUAUUGUUUUUGCUCUUUCUUCUCGUGCCUCAUUUGAUUUACCUAUAUCGUACCCUUUACUUCUUCGUCAAGCUAUCUCUUUAGGAAGGCGUCUGCAGGACCCCUUAUUUGAAUUCGCUCAACUAGUAACUAUUGAGAAUGAAAUUCUUGGUAUCAGAUGGCAUCCACUACAAGAUUCUCUUCCUCGUGAUAUGUUACUUCGGGCAUUAGAGAUAGAAUUCAUUAAUCGAGUGAACGAGGUUGGAGUUGAUGUGAAUCGUUGUUUGUCUCACCCACAUACUGCUGGAGUUAUUCAGUUUAUUUCAGGACUUGGACCUCGCAAGGGCCUACACAUGCUAAAGAUUCUAAAGCAUAAAAAAACUCAUCUAACCAAUCGUAUGCAAUUAGUAACAAUGAUUGAAUUUGGUCCACGGGUUGUGAUUAAUUGUGCUGGUUUCAUCAAAAUUGAUACUUCAUCGGUACGUGAUUUAGAUGCAGAUGAUGUAGAUUUACUGGAUUCUACUAGAGUGCAUCCUGAAAGUUAUGAUUUAGCGAAAAAAAUGGCUGUCGAUGCUCUGGAAUAUGAUGAUACUGAGGAAUGUGAUCCAACAGUUGCGUUGGAAGAGAUAGUACACAGCCCUGCACGUUUACGUGAACUUGAUUUAGAUGCUUUCGCAGAAGAAUUAAAACGACAAGAACAUGGAGAUAAACAUAUCACCUUGUAUGAUAUUCGAAAAGAAUUGAAUAAUCGUUAUCGAGACUAUCGAGAAGCAUAUCAAUCUGCUAAUCCAGAAAGUAUUUUCAGUAUGGUCACACAUGAGACACCUGAAACUUUACAUGUUGGUCGUUUAGUUGAAUGUCGUGUGUUAUCUGUUGCUACUAGACGACCACGGCCUGAACAAUUAGACAAUGCAAAUCCAACUAAAAAUGAAAUUAAUGGUUUAUGGAUGUGCCCAUUUUGUCAACAAGAUAACUUCCAACUACUCAAUCACGUUUGGAGUCAUUUUGAUAAUAAUGAAUGUCCUGGGCAACCAGUUGGAUUAAGAGUUCAACUAGACAAUGGAAUUGAUGGAUUUAUACCAUUAAAGUUUAUGGAUUCCCCAGAUAAAUUAUUUGAACGAACUCAACCGGGUUCUCUUGUACAAUGUCGGGUAACUAAAAUCGACAUAACAAGAUUUAAUGUGGAGCUCACUUGCAAGUCAACGGAAUUGAAGGAUGAACGUCAUAUAUGGCGUCCACGUCAAGAUGCUUUUUAUGAUUUUGAAAAAGAAGAAAAAGAUCUACGUUCUGAAGCGGAGGCAAUGGCUAAAGCUAAGGCUAAAACUAAUCCAUACAUGUCUCGUUUGAUAUUUCAUCCAUAUUUUAAAAAUAUUAGCUAUGAUCAGUUGGCUGCAAUGGAGCCGGAAUUAGAGCCUGGUGCAAUUAUUAUUCGUCCAAGUAGAAAGGGAACGGAUCAUCUGACUGUAAGCUGGAAGAUAGAUGACGGAAUUAUGCAACAUAUUGAUGUUUCCGAAAAGGAAAAAUCGAAUAGUUUUUCAUUGGGAAAACUUUUAAUUAUUGGUGAUGAAGAAUUUGAAGACUUAGAUGAAAUUGUGGCACGUCAUGUGCAACCCAUGGCGUCUCUUGUUCGUGAUGUAAUGACCUACAAAUAUUACCGUGAUUCUUCGGGUGGUGAUCGUGCUCACCUAAAUGCUUUACUUCAACAUGAAAAGAGCCUUAAUCCGGAUCGCAUUCCUUAUUUUUUGAGUUCAACAAAAGAACGUCCCGGUUAUUUCAUUCUUGCGUAUUUACCCAAUAAGAAUCCACAUUUUGAAUUAUUUAGCAUACGACCCGAAGGUUUCAAGUUUCGCCAGUUAAUAUUCCCAACUCUCGACCGAAUGAUUACUUGGUUCAAAGAGCACUAUAAUGACGCUGUAAAUUACUAUCGCGGUUGAAUCGGUCUAUUCUCAGGAUACUUUGUUUCUAGUCUACAUUUCUUUAUUGCUGAAUUCAGUUUCACAUAAAUAUUAAUUUUUAUCAAAAUCCCACUUAAAGCUUGACCUAUUUCGACUUUUAGUUUUUAUUACGAAAUAUUAACACUUGUAAAUAUCCCUAAGUAAUGUUCACAACUUUCCACAAUGUUACCGUAUUGUUUUUUCGUAUAUGUACAACUGAAUUAAAAUGAGUACAAAGAAAUUAAAUAGACGAAGUUGAAUUUAUAUAUUUUGAUACAAGAUGUACAACUAACAAAUAUUCGUAUUUUCCCUUAGAACUGUUAAACGUUAACUGAUUACCAGAAUAUUAAAUAUCACUGUAAACUACCUUGUUUCAUGAAGACUAGGUGUCCUUAUCAUCAAAUGUCGAUAAUUGUAUUACGAAGUCGCGAUACAUAAUUUUCCCUUUUGAUAAAUCCGUUGCGGCUGCGAGCAUCUCCUCUAUUUCCUCUUUUGUAAAUGGUUCUCCUAAAAAUACAUAUUACGAUAACAUUAUCUUUACCUGAAGAAACCAUAUAAGAUUCCAAAGCGUCAGCACUUAGGAAUCC